UGAAAAACGUAGCCUGCUAGACGCCUCUCGCCUACGCAACCCUAAUGGAGUCCGUCGCGGCAUCGGCAGCGAUCCCAUCGUCGCCGUCUCCCCUCUCCUUCUUCUUGCCCAAGAGAACAACGCCUCGGCGCCAAUUUCUUCCACCGAUCGCCUCCAAGAGCGAUCGGGAAGAUGAAAAGGAUCUUAAUUUUGCGUCUGAGAGCACCAGCCUUGUGCCUUUCCUCGGCGGUCGCGGUUCCCUUUCCCACCUUCCCAAGGAUGCGGCGAUGGGGUUGGUUUUGAGUGCUGCAGCUGGAAGAGGGUGGACGACGGGAUCUGGAAUGGAAGGCCCUCCCAUCCCAGCUGACGCUGAUUCAACUGAUCAGACUGUUCUUACCUUCCCAUGGUCCUUAUACACCAAAUCUCCCCGACGUCGGAUGCGCGUCUCCUUCACUUGCAACGUCUGUGGCCAGCGAACGACUCGCGCCAUCAACCCCCAUGCUUACACUGAUGGCACCGUCUUUGUUCAGUGUUGCGGGUGCAAUGUGUUCCACAAACUGGUUGACAAUUUAAAUCUAUUUCAUGAAAUGAAGUGCUAUGUUAAUCCGAGUUUCCUCUACAAAGGAGAUAUGCCUUUCAAUUACAUGGAUGGAGAUGAUGAUCAGGACAUCUUUCCUAUCUUCUGAGCUGAAACCAGUGAUUGGUACAAACGUAGUUAUAAUAACUGCUUUCUGUUGUCACUCUCAGUGAUGGCAAUGCUUGUUGUGUAAAUAUCUAUGCUCUAGCAUAUAAUAAAUUAAGUUAUUCACAUAUAUGAUAUAAUGGUUAGCUCAAACCAAUGUCUAUUAAUCAUAUUUAUGCAUUCUGAUAGAUUAUACUGUGAUUCUUUGUUUCUUGCA